UGGCUCGAGCUGCAGGUGAUGAUGAUGAUGAUGAUGAUGGAUGAGUCUAGAGUCGCGCGUCUGAGGCACGUCUCUCUCACACGGCGGGAAUAAAGUGAAGCUUUCGGUUCAAUGAGGCUCUCGUGGAACUCUUGGAGUCCUCCAGCAGCAUCGCCAGAGCACACUCGGGUAACAUUACUCCCCGCGCGUCAUGUCUCACCCUGAGCGAUGGGCAAGUUCGACGAGCACGAGAGGAUAAUCCUCAACGUCGGGGGCACGAGGCACGAAACCUAUCGGACCACACUGAAGACCCUGCCGGGCACGCGUCUGGCCCUUCUCGCCUCCAAGUCGCCGCACCUCGAGUCGGUUCUGGAGCAGCUGCAACAAGUCCCGGGCUUCAUUGAGUACAACGCGCGCAACAACGAGUACUUCUUCGACCGGCACCCGGGCGUCUUCGCCUACGUGCUCAACUACUACCGCACCGGGAAGCUGCACUGCCCGGCGGACGUGUGUGGUCCGCUCUUCGAGGAGGAGCUGUCCUUCUGGGGCAUCGAUGAGACGGACGUGGAGCCGUGCUGCUGGAUGACCUACCGACAGCACCGGGAUGCCGAGGAGGCGCUGGACGUGUUCGAGAUGAACGUUGACAACGACGACGAGGACGAUAUCGGGAAGCGGCUGGGCAUCGAAGACGUGAUAUACGCCGACGGGACCGUCAGCAGGUGGAGAAAGUGGCAGCCGGUGAUCUGGAACCUGUUCGAGGACCCGUACUCCUCCAGAGCCGCGCGGUUUAUUGCAUUUGCCUCUUUGUUCUUCAUCCUGGUUUCCAUCACAACCUUUUGUCUGGAGACCCAUGAGGCCUUCAACACCAUCAUCAACAAAACGGACGUCUUUCGGAAUGACAAUUUCACGGAUCUGAGCCAACAAUACGAGAUCAAAACGGAUCCAGCGCUUACCUAUGUCGAGGGAGUUUGCGUUCUAUGGUUCACCUUCGAGUUCCUGGUGCGCGUAACGUUCAGUCCUGACAAGCUGGAGUUUGUGAAAAGUGUCUUGAACAUAAUUGACUUUGUGGCAAUUCUACCAUUCUACUUGGAGGUGGGCUUGAGCGGACUGUCCUCCAAAGCGGCAAAAGAUGUUCUGGGGUUCUUGCGUGUGGUACGGUUUGUUCGUAUAUUGCGAAUAUUUAAGUUGACACGUCACUUUGUGGGUCUGCGAGUACUAGGACACACCCUACGUGCCAGCACCAAUGAGUUUCUACUUCUCAUCAUCUUCCUCGCACUAGGAGUCCUCAUCUUUGCCACCAUGAUCUACUACGCCGAGCGGAUCGGGGCCAGUCCGAACGACCCGACGGCCAGCCACCAUACCAUGUUCAAGAACAUCCCCAUCGGCUUCUGGUGGGCAGUGGUCACCAUGACGACUUUGGGUUAUGGAGACAUGUACCCUCAGACAUGGUCUGGCAUGUUGGUUGGCGCACUGUGCGCCCUCGCGGGCGUGCUGACGAUAGCCAUGCCAGUGCCUGUCAUUGUGAAUAACUUUGGCAUGUACUACUCUCUAGCCAUGGCCAAACAGAAGCUUCCCAAGAAGAGAAAGAAACACAUCCCACAGGCUGUGCAGACGGGAUCACCCUCAUACUGCAAAACUGAACUCAGUACAGCCUGUAACAGCACACAGGGAGAACUCUGCCUGGGCCAGAGCAGAGGACUAGAGCGUCGUCGCUCAGUGUUGUCUGCAGACUGCAGCGCAGGAAGUGACAUCACAAUGUCUCCAGAGGAACACCUACCCGUGCGUCAUUCCAGCAUGCGUGAACAAGACCGUCAUACCGAAGGGACGUGCUUCCUGUUGGCCGCCAGCGAUUAUACUUGCACAGCAGAUGCAGCUAGGCAUAAAACAGUUCCCGUGUCACCGCUGGCUGACGUACAGUUUAUAUCGGCCAGAGACGGGGAAGGCGGGGCCAGCAGAGACUCGGAUGGAUUCGAUGAAAUGGAUUGGACGGUGUGGAACAGAAUAAGCCUGUGAUUGGACAGUUCUCUUAUGGACAUCUGGUUUGAUCGGAUUGCUCACAGCCUUUGGAAUCUCCGGUUUAUUCCCUGUAGAAGAGGACUAAAGCCGGGUGGCAUUAAAUCAAGUUAUGGAUAAUGAAAUGUUUCCUGCUUAAAACAUAAUUGAUGUCAGCUCUCCAUUUAAAUGUUGCAUCUGUAGAAAGAGCGCACACGUCCCACCUGUGGCUUCCCCUGUGUGUCAGGUAGCAACACCCCUUCCAACCCCCUCCCGAGGCCUCUGUUGUUGCAAUAAGUGUUUUAAUGAUGUGUAGAGGCACAAAGUGUUUUAAAUGAAGUAUUAGUGUACCAACAGAGUAGAGAGAGAGUAAACCGGUUUAAUAAAUGUGACAUUCAGCCAUUAAUGCUUUUAUUUCUUAUAGUAUCUCUGAAGGAUUCAUCGCCGUCUCUGUUGUGUGUGUGGAUGGGUGUAUAUUGAGGGUUGUUGAUUUGAAAUGGUACAUUUAAAGACCCCAUGAAUGAUUCAAUGAAGUUUUCUUUCCUGUGUUGAUGCACUUCCUGUGAAAAGAGGAAGUUGGCACCAGGCAUUUCAAAGGCCAGUAACAUUUCGUUUGCAUUGUGACCUGUUUGAAACGAGUUCCUAUACACCAGGAUCGUCCACAAGAUGUAAACGAUAUGCACGUUAACAUGAUUUUAGUGUGAAAAUCUCUUUGUUGUUGUCAUGGUGACAUAACGCUGGCUCAGUAAGUAUUAAGCUAAUAUUCCUUUAUGAACAUGUCAUUAUUGCCUACUUAAUAUUUGGGUGACACGUUCUAUGAAGCCCAUGUUUAUAAUGCGUUGUAAAGGCAUUAAUCAUGCAUGUUACUGCAUUUAUAAUGUGUCCUAAUACAUCUAAAUAAUAGAGACAUUAUAAUGCAUUAUAAAUAUGGGCUGCCAAUGUUCAGGUAGAGAAAACUCAUUUAGAUUUGGUGGGGUCUUUAAACAUUGAUUAAUUGCUAUUCUCUCUCUGUCAUCCCCGUUUCCUGGAAAAUCCGCCUAGUGCAACAGUCAGAUGUGAUGUGCAAUAAUGAUGUGACACAAAAGCUGCACCGAUUCACACUGUGAUUUGAGAUCAGUGCGUGACAGACGCGCAGCGCAGCUUCACAAACACACACGUGCUGCAGCUCUGCGCUGACGACACGUUCACUCUAAUUAGAGCCCUUCUGUACCUUCAGCCAUAGAGAGAUUAGAACUGUCACAUCGGCGUGUGUGUGUGUGUUUGUGUGUCUGUGAGUGUGUGUGUGUGUGAGUGUGAGUGUGUGUGUGUGUGUGUGUGUGUCUGUGAGUGUGUGUGUGUUUGUGAGUGUGUUUGUGAGUGUGU